AUGAGAGGAACUGAGAAAGCUCCAAAUAGGGACAGAAACAGCUCCUCUGUGAGCAAAGCUAGUUUUGGCAAAAAGGACAUCAAAUCACGCGGUAUACACAGUAAUGAAAAGUCUGUAGCGGAAAAGAAACCACGGAAAUUCAAUUGCAGAAAUAGUCCAAAAAUGAAUACCUAUCUUGCUCAAGUGCUAGCACUUACAUUGUGCGUCGGUUUCGUUGCAUCCAGAACAUGCGACCGUUUUGGAGCCAUAUCUGGAUGUUCAACUAACUGCAACACCGGAACAGAAGACGUUGAAGACGGUGGUGUAUGCGGAUCACGACGAUGUUGCAGGACGAACUGUGCAGGACCACGAACAUUUUGCAUUGGAAUUCGACAGUCGUGUGAGAGCACCGGUGAAGGCUUCGAUGAGGUCGAUGGCACAUGCCCAGACGACGACAACUUCAUUUGCUGUGCCCCAAGAGACGCAGCGCCGGUAGCACAAGGGCCAGCGCCUUAUCCACAAUACGAGACAACACCCCCUCCACUCCCAGUUCAAUACACUACUACUCCAGCACCACCUCCUCCAGCUCCCGAAACUCCACCACCACCACCGCCGGCCCCAGAAACCACCCCAAGCCCACCGGAAACGGAAGCACCAAACCCGGAGCCAGACAAUCCUCCAAAACAGCCCCCAACCCCACCUAAACAGCCUCCUACGCCAGCCCCACCACCAACUCAAGAUGAUCAGGAAAACCCUAGCCAGGCUCAAACGCCACCCGGAAAAUCAACAAAAUAUCACAAAAGCAAGAAAGAAAAGAGAAAAGGAAAGAAAAAGAACAUGAAGAAAGCAAAGAAGGCAAAGGUUGGGAAGGGAAAGAAGAAAAGCGGCUGA